AUGGGAAAAAACAUAAAAAUGGACAAGGACCUGAACCCAGCUGUGUUUCCUUACAAAGUGAUGUGUCAAAGGAAUUUAAUCCUGAUUUUAAAGAAAAUCCUUCUUCUACAGAAAGGAGCUUUGAAAGAUUAGACUGUCCUGUACCUAGCUGUGUAUCCUUGAGCGGUGAAAAGUCAAAGGAGUUAUAUGGUGUUAAUUUCAACACAGAGCAACAGUCUGCCUCAGAGAGAGUGGACCAGGAGAGUUUAGAAGUUCUCAGUGAUCAGUCUUCCCAGCAGCAAGAAAGGAAUCUGGACUCAAUAUUUAUGCUCCUAGAGGACAACAUUUUCAGCUUUGUGAAGAAUGAGAUCAAGAAAACCAAGAAGAUUCUCAGCCCAGAUUACUCAGAUGGCUUAGAGAGUCAGGGGGAGGAUGAGGUGGUUUUGGAAAGUGAGGAUGAAGAAGAGCAGAAGAGGAGCAUGAGAGAUGCAGUUGUGAAGAUCAUUCUGCACUUCCUGAGGAAUAUGAAGCAUGGAGAACUGGCAGACCGUCUGCAGAACAAAUUUCCCACCCUGUGCCCACAUAAACUUAAAUCUACACUGAAGAAGAAGCUCUGCAAUGUUUUUGAGGGAAUUCCUAAAGCAGGAAACCCAACCCCUCUGAAUCAGAUCUACACAGAGCUCCAUAUCACAGAGGGAGGGACAGCAGAUGUCAAUAAUGAACAUGAGGUCAGACAAAUAGCAACCAGGAAACCAGACAGACCAGAAAAAAUAAUCAGACAAGAAGAACUCUUUAAAAUCUCACCUGGAAGAAAUAAACCAAUCAGAACAGUGCUGACAGAGGGAGUGGCUGGCAUUGGGAAAACACUGUUGACACAGAAGUUCACUCUAGACUGGGCUGAAGACAAAGCCAACCAAGACAUUCAGUUCAUAUUUCCAUUCAGUUUCAGAGAGCUGAAUGUGCUGAAAGAGAAAAGGUUCAGCUUGGUAGAACUCGUUCAUCACUUCUUUACUGAAACCAAAGAAGCAGGAAUCUGCAGCUUUGAAGAUGUCCGGGUUGUUUUCAUCUUUGAUGGUCUGGAUGAGUGUCGACUUCCUCUGGACUUCCACAACACUGAGAUCAUAACUGACCCUACACUAUCCACCUCAGUGGAUAUGAUACUGACAAACCUCAUCAAGGGCAACCUGCUCCCAUCUGCUCACCUCUGGAUAACCACACGACCUGCAGCAGCAAAUCAGAUCCCUCCUAGCUGUGUUGACAUGGUGACAGAGGUGAUAGGAUUCACUGAUCAACAGAAGGAGGAGUAUUUCAUGAACAGAUUUAGAGAUAUGAAGUUGACUAGCAAAAUAAUCUCCCAUAUCAAGACAUCACGAAGCCUCCACAUCAUGUGCCACAUUCCAGUCUUCUGCUGGAUCACUGCUACAGUUCUGGAGGAUGUGCUGAAAACCAGAGAGAGAGGACAGCUGCCCAAGAACCUGACUGAGAUGUACAUCCACUUUCUGGUGGUUCAGGUCAAAGUAAAAAAGGUCAAGUAUGAUCGAGGAGCUGAGACAGAUCCACACUGGAGUCCAGAGAGCAGGAAGAUGAUUGAGUCUCUGGGCAAACUGGCUUUUGACCAACUGCAGAAAGGAAACCUGAUUUUCUAUGAAUCAGACCUGACAGAGAGCAACAUUGAUAUAAAAGCUGCCUCAGUGUACUCAGGAGUGUUCACACAGAUCUUUAGAGAGGAGAGAGGACUGUACCAGGACAAAGUGUACUGCUUUGUUCAUCUAAGUGUUCAGGAGUUUCUCGCUGCUCUUCAUGUCCAUCUGACCUUCGUCAACUCCGGAGUUAAUCUGCUCAAAGAACAAGAAACAGCUUAUCAGAACUCUGAAACAAGAAAAUCUGCAGAGACUCAUUUGUACAAGAGUGCUGUGGAUAAGGCGUUGCAGACUUUAAAUGGACACCUAGACCUCUUUCUUCGUUUCCUCUUGGGUUUUUCACUACAGACAAAUCAGAAUCUCCUACGAGGCCUACUUACACAGACAGGGAGUUGCUCACAGACCAAUCAGGAAACAGUCCAGCAUAUCAAGAAGAAGCUCAGUAAGAAUUUGUCUGCAGAGAAAAGCAUCAAUCUGUUCCACUGUUUAAAUGAACUGAAUGAUCAUUCUCUAGUUGAGGAGAUCCAACAGUCCCUGAGAUCAGGAAGUCUCUCCACUGAUAAACUGUCUCCUGCUCAGUGGUCAGCUCUUGUCUUCAUCUUACUGUCAUCAGAAAAAGAUCUGGAUGUGUUUGACCUGAAGAAAUACUCUGAUUCAGAGGAAGCUCUUUUGAAGCUGCUGCCAGUAGUUAAAGCUUCCAGUAAAGCUCUGUAA